CCCGCGGCGCGCUUGAGGCAGCGGGGAGCGGCGGGGGUCGUGCAGCCGUUACCACCUCCCGCUCCCCCAAACCGCCCCUCGCCUCGCCCGCCCGCCAGCCUGGGCGGUGCCGCCCGCCGCGGCAGGGGGAUGCCGACGCAGCGGGAUAGCAGCGGCAACAGCACCAUGUCGGCUCCGGGCGGCGGGGGGGGCGGCCUCGGCGGAGACAGCGCCCACCAGGUCCGGGUGAAAGCCUACUACAAGGGGGACAUCAUGAUAACAUAUUUUGAACCUUCCAUCUCAUUCGAGGGACUGUGCAAUGAAGUUCGAGACAUGUGCUCAUUUGACAAUGAACAGCUCUUCACCAUGAAAUGGAUUGAUGAGGAAGGUGAUCCAUGUACAGUUUCUUCUCAGCUGGAGUUAGAAGAGGCCUUUAGGUUGUAUGAACUAAACAAGGAUUCAGAGCUUCUAAUUCAUGUGUUUCCUUGUGUACCAGAACGGCCUGGCAUGCCUUGUCCAGGAGAAGACAAAUCCAUUUAUCGCCGAGGCGCCCGCCGGUGGCGAAAGCUCUAUUGUGCAAAUGGUCACACUUUCCAAGCCAAACGAUUUAACAGGAGAGCUCACUGCGCCAUCUGCACUGACCGAAUAUGGGGCCUGGGUCGCCAGGGAUAUAAAUGCAUCAAUUGCAAACUCCUUGUUCACAAGAAGUGUCAUAAACUUGUCAAUAUUGAAUGUGGCCGUCAUACACUGCAGCCAGAGCCAAUAAUGCCUAUGGAUCCAUCAUCAGUGCAUUCAGAUAACGUAGAAUCAGUGAUUCCAUACAAUCCAUCAAGUCAUGAGAGCUUGGACCAUGUUGGUGAAGAAAAAGAGGCAAUGAGCAUUAGAGAAAGUGGCAAAGUUUCUUCCAGUCUGGGUCUUCAGGACUUUGACUUGCUCCGAGUUAUAGGAAGAGGCAGUUACGCAAAGGUGCUGCUUGUCCGACUGAAGAAAACUGAACGCAUUUAUGCAAUGAAAGUGGUGAAGAAAGAGCUCGUCAAUGAUGAUGAGGAUAUUGAUUGGGUUCAGACUGAGAAACAUGUCUUUGAACAGGCUUCAAAUCAUCCUUUUCUUGUUGGGCUACACUCUUGCUUCCAGACAGAAAGCAGGUUAUUCUUUGUUAUAGAGUAUGUAAAUGGAGGAGAUCUAAUGUUUCAUAUGCAGAGACAGAGAAAGCUGCCAGAGGAGCAUGCCAGGUUCUACUCUGCUGAAAUCAGUCUAGCAUUGAACUAUUUACAUGAACGAGGGAUAAUCUACAGAGAUUUAAAACUGGACAAUGUGCUGCUAGAUUCUGAAGGGCAUAUUAAACUCACAGAUUAUGGCAUGUGCAAGGAGGGUCUGAGGCCUGGAGACACAACCAGCACGUUCUGCGGAACACCAAACUAUAUUGCACCUGAAAUUCUCAGGGGAGAGGAUUAUGGCUUCAGUGUGGACUGGUGGGCGCUUGGUGUCCUCAUGUUUGAAAUGAUGGCAGGCCGGUCACCAUUUGACAUUGUUGGCAGUUCUGACAACCCUGAUCAGAACACAGAAGAUUAUCUUUUCCAAGUAAUUUUGGAAAAACAGAUCCGAAUUCCCCGAUCCCUUUCUGUUAAAGCAGCAGGUGUGCUAAAGAGCUUCCUUAAUAAGGAUCCAAAGGAACGUUUAGGCUGCCAUCCUCAAACAGGAUUUGCAGACAUCCAGGGCCAUCCAUUCUUCCGCAAUGUCGACUGGGAUCUGAUGGAGCAGAAGCAAGUGGUGCCUCCAUUUAAACCGAAUAUAUCUGGAGAAUUUGGUCUGGACAACUUUGAUUCCCAAUUCACCAAUGAACCUGUGCAGCUCACUCCAGAUGAUGAUGAUAUCGUGAAGAAGAUUGACCAGUCUGAAUUUGAAGGCUUUGAAUAUAUAAAUCCUCUUUUGAUGUCAGCCGAGGAAUGUGUCUGAAUUCUCCAUACCUGGACUGUGCCAAUUGUUGCUCUGUUUGUUUCUGCAUGGAUAAACGUCUCUUCAUUUGGAUGCACUUGCAUAAAACGAGGAACGGAACGUCUUACCCUUGCCACCCAGUGUAAAUUACUCACUGAUUUUGCUUUUUGUAUUGUCAUCCAGGACAGUUGUCAUGCUUCAACCUUCGUCUGCAACAUGCAAAACGUUAAACUUUCCAACAGUUUUGCCAAACUUGAAUUUUAAUAUAGGAGUUGGUCUCUGGGGCUUCUGACUCAACAACGGGGUCUGGCUGUGUAACUGCCAAUGUGCUGAUAGUUUGGUUUUUUCCUUCUUGCUUGAAGAAUACAAAUUACAUUAGGAGGAGUAAUUCAAAUAUUGUUAAAGGACCUCCAUUUUCCCAGCAGGAUUACUUCUGUGGUUCUGAAGUC